AUGUCACAAACCAAUGUCCUCAUCACUGGCGCAUCGCGCGGUCUGGGUCGAGCGCUCGUGGAGCGAUUCCUCGCCUUCCCAAACCAUACAGUGAUAGCCUUGAAUCGCGACCCCGAAGGCGCAACAUCAAAAGCGCUAUUCGCGCUCCCCAGAGGCUCCAAUACAACCCUCAUCGUGACCAAGUACGACGCAGCAGACGGCCAGAGCCCAUUCGAUGCCGUAAAGGAGCUGCAAGACAAGCACGGCAUCACGCACCUCGAUAUCGUCGUUGCCAACGCGGGUAUCGUGAAGAUCUUCCCGUAUGCCCGCGACGUCAAGCGCGAGGACAUUCUCGAGCACAUCCAGGUCAACGUCCUGGGCGUAGUAUCUAUUUUCCAGGCUACGCGCGAGCUAUUGAAGAAAUCAGCUCGUGAACCUAUCUUUGCGCCUAUGGGAUCUGGCGCUGGUGCUCUAGGACGACAACCCGAUAUUCCUAGCUCGGCAUAUGGUGCGUCCAAGUCCAUGGUAUACUGGUAUGGAAUCAGGAUCAACGCCGAAGAGGAGUGGCUUAACACGUUCGUCUUCGACCCCGCUUGGGCCCAGACCGACAUGGGGAAUGAGUCGGCGAGGAACUUCGGUCUUGAGAAAGCGACGCACAGCGUAGAUGAAGUGACGGAUGGACUGGUCCAGGUGUUGAGGACGACUUCGAAGGAGAAGCACGGUGGUAAAGCCGUCUUGUAUACUGGCGAGGUGCUGGAAUGGUAAUGGAAGUUUGGGGUAUGGGAUAGAAUAGACUAGACUGUCUCUUUCGUAGAACUGGGGGUGUUUGAAUGAACAUAGACUGUUUUAGUACCUAGGGUGAGCGUUCUCAAGAGGUUCGGCGUAUGCUGGGUGCCUAGAUAUAUUCUUGAUAGCAUAGCUUUAAGAAGAAUAUCAAUGAUUUACGCCAGUUAAUGCCAAAUGUUCCAGAAGUCGCCAGAUCAUGAUCUCGAACGCCUCCCAAAGAACGCC